CGGCUGCUCUCCCAUAUGUAACUCUCGUCUCUCUGGCUAAUGUGACGCUCUCUUGGCCCCCUGGGAGCGAUGUGCGGCGGAAUAUAUUGUCUUGCAGGAAGUAUUUCGCGUGGAUUGAAUCGUUCUAGCGGCGGCAAUACCAACGCACACGCACAGUAGCGGUACAAAAGCGGUCGAGCCAACGGUUAUGGUUUGUAGCGGUGCCGGUGGUGGCCCAUAUAUGGGCGUCAUAUGCAGCACAGUAGGCCGUGCGUAGUGAAACACUAACUGGUAUCCCGGCAUAACUGAGCUGAGCCGACGGCGGUACGCGAUCGCGACUAGUGGUGAACGAUGGUGUGCUGUCCAGACCAGAAAUUUACUAAAUUGCAGUUAAUACUGGCCACGCGACGUGCUCACACGAGGGCUGCCCUGUAAACGACCUGUAGAUAACCUCUCUAGUGCAUUUUUCCAGCCAUCAAGCGAUUACGGCAUGAUUUGAGGCCACGUAGCGUGAAACGUCGAAACAGCCGAUACAUUCCUUUUGUUAACUUCAUCGGAUCGGUUAAUUUCCCGGCCAAAAGAUCACAUGGUGGGAUCGACAUUUUGGGAAAACUCUUGAACACGAGUGGAAACGAUCGACUGCAGCCACCACCACCACCAUGUACCAAUGUCGUAAAUUUACGCGCCGUAACCUUGUCUUGCUGCUAUCCAUUGGCGUAGUCUAUCUGCUGCUGGAUCACUUCUUCAAUGGCGAGGACUAUGGCGACAAUCGAGAGAAGCUCGUGCUGAUCGAAGAGUCUAUCAAAUCGUUGGCCAAUCAAGGUGCCUGCAAAAUGCCCAGUCUACCGGUGGAUUCACCGGAAAUGCUGAGCUUCCUGAAGGACGAGCAACCGAUCGAGUGUGGCAGUGAGCUGCAGGAUUGGGUGGCAUGUGAGAAGAGCAUAUGCCGCAUCAAGCCAGAGAUAAUCAAGGAUAAGGGCAAAAUAACCUGUGACUACGCGGAUAUUCUGCGGCAGAGUGAUUUUAAGUUUUCUUUCGGUGAAACGACACGUACGAGCGAUAGCUACACGUUGCAGGCGAGUGACUUCGUGCGUGCCAAAUGCUGGACCGAAAGCCGGACCGAACGAUGGCAGGGGUUGCUGAUAGGUGUGCGGCAAGAUGAGACUCUGCGAUCACGGACCAGCUGGAACAAGGAAUUCGCCCCGAACGUCCUGAUGCUGGGGUUCGAUUCCCUCAGCCGUAACGCUUUCCAGCGCAAGCUACCGAAAGCGUACAAGUAUCUGACCAAGUACCUCGGUGCAGACGUGCUACAGGGAUACAACAUUGUGGGUGAUGGAACGCCGCAAGCGCUCAUUCCAUUGCUGACUGGCUUCACCGAGCUGGAGCUACCAGAUACGCGGCGUCGCAUGAAAAACACGGAGUACGUCAACGUAUACCCGCUGAUCUGGAAGGAAUACGAAAAGUACGGUUACGUCACGGCCUUCAACGAGGACGUACCGAACAUCGGUACCUUCUCCUACCGGCUGAACGGGUUCGAUGAGCAGCCGACCGAUCAUUACAUGCGCACUUACUAUCUGGCGAUCGAGGCAUACCUCAGCUACUACAAGCGGUUGUGCAUUGGCGCGAAACCACGCCAUAAGGUGAUGCUGGAUUAUACGCGCGAGUUCAUGACGAGCUACCGAACCAGCACACCGCGAUUCGUGUUCAGCUUUCACGGCGAACUGUCACACGAUUCCAUUAACCUGGUCGGCGUGGCGGAUACCGAUCUAACAAACUGGCUUGUGGAGCUCAAGCAGUCCGGUAUACUGAACAGUACGAUUCUGGUACUGAUGUCCGACCAUGGUAAUCGUUUCGCCGAAGUACGCAACACUCUGCAGGGAAAGCAGGAGGAACGGUUACCGUUCUUUAGCUUCACUUUUCCCGAAUGGUUCAAGAUGCAGUACCGCGAGCAGUAUGGCCAUUUUCGUGAAAAUCUCAAUCGGUUGGUGACCCCGUUCGAUGUGCACGAGACACUGCAGGACAUUUUGACACUGCAAUCGUUGAAAGCGAAACAGAAACCGGCCAUGGCAAGGGCCAUCUCGCUGUUCGACCCGAUUCCGCAGAAUCGCUCCUGUGCCGAUGCCUACAUAGAACCGCACUGGUGCGCCUGCCUCAACUGGCAGACGAUCAACGAUACGGCCUCGUCCGAGGAGGUGUUCCGCUCGGCCAAAACCAUCGUUGACACGAUCAACCAUCACACCGAGCGGCACCGUGGUAUCUGCGCUCUGCUUACGCUCGACGAAAUCCGAUGGGCAGCCAGGCUCCAGCCGCAUCGGGAUUUGGUGCGCUUCAAGCAGAACCGUGACACCGACGGUUUUUUGGGCGAAUUCUCUUCCGACGCGAUCCGUGUUGCACACGAUAUGUACCAGGUGAAGCUAGUAACCAACCCUAGCAAAGCGAUCUACGAAGCGAGUGUGCUGCACGAUCGCCUGAACAAUCGGUUUCGCGUGAAGCUCGGCGACAUCUCGCGUAUCAACAAGUACGGGGAGCAGGCGAACUGCAUCUACGAGCGUGAUCCCGAGAUGCGCAAGUUUUGCUACUGCACAACGGGUGAUCAUCAUUGAGGGGCAUCGAGAACGCCGGACUAUCAGUAAUCAUUAGUCCAGGGAGCUGCCCAUCCCAUGUCUCUAAUAAUUCUCUCGAUGCCUGCGUGCGUUUGAUGCCUGCAGGCCUGUUCCAGGAGAAGAUUUAGAAAAUUGCCUCCACCGUACUGCCUGUGUAAAUAUGUCCCCCCAAAUUUUAUCGCCGAGGCAUGACACUCAAACGAGGAAUGAUUACUCAUAUCUCAACAGCAGCAGCAAAAGCAGUAGCAGCAAUAGUCGCAGUAGUAGUAUAUGUAUAUGUCUAACACGUGUUUUUGAGAUAUUUAAACUUUACCGACCACGAUGAAUUGCGUACCUAGUGGAUAGAAAAAGGCGUAUAAGGUUUUGUUAGGGGCAGCUAGGGCAAAUACAACCGGCGCAGGCGACCGUCGACAUUUGCUUAGAUUAGUACUGAGAAUUAACACUGUCCAGAGCACAAAACAUUCAGAUCGUGAAUCCCCGGUUCUCUCACGGUGGUCACGUUAGCCACACGUGACACUAUGUGCCAUGUGCGGGGCCCUAUUUCAGCAGGCAUCUGAAAGGCAGUCAAUGCACUCAACACCCGCCAAUAGGGCGCAAUCGCUGGCGCCUAAUUUGUGAAUCUCAACGUAACCCCUAGUGCUAGAUAGGUAUGGUAAUCAAAAAAGGCUAAGCGCAUGGUUUAGCGCGUACCGGCCGAGAGAGGGUAGAGCAUCCAUCGUUGAUUUCUAUGGUCAUGAAUGGAUAAGCAUGAAACGAAAUGGUAGAAUUGGUAACGGCACAAAGAGCGAGCUUCUAUUUAACAAAAUUCAAUCCAAUUGAAUUGCGGAAGCUGAGAGCUUAAUGAAAAUUGUUUUACUGAAUUUGAUGAAUCUCGCUCAUAGUUGCACCUCCGAGAGGUACUAAUGGGCAUUUUAAAGAUUAAGUUUCGAUAAAUCUAGCUAACGUAAUUGUCAGCACAUCGGCGAGAAUGAAUUCUCAGUUCCUUACUAGUUUUUAGGUUGCUUCUUCCUCAUGUUUCGGUAUGCAAAAGCAUUUCACCAGGGCAACACCAUUUCAAUAAUAACCCAUGAAA